UCAGCAUGAUAAGUUCGAGAAUGUGAUUAAUAUGAACAUAUAAGCAAGAUAAUAUUCGUAGUGCAAUACGAUUUAAAUCAUGAGCUCUACAGGAUGGAUAUUGUUCUUGAUUGCGGCGAUCAUCUCUAACAGUAUUCAGCAACCGAUCUUCUUCAAAAACACUUUCAAAGGAUUGAAUGGUAUUUCGAAGGCCGAUACGUUAGACAGAAAUGAGAUCAGAGCUGUUUAUUAUCAUGAUCAGACCGUGGCAGUGGUUGAUCUUGGCAUUAAUAACAAUGAAUUGCAUAAUUGCAAUUUGAUCGAAGUAUACGAGCAAGAUGAAGCCAAUGAAGUUUUGAGGAAUUUGUCAUCCAUAGUAAUUCCUCAGCUGGUAUCUUUCUCACAAAUGACGAAACUUAUACAACAAUGCGAAUUAUUGGACAAGAUGCAGCACGAAAAGUUGUCUACAACGACAUCAAACAGUGUAAAUAAAGAUAAUUAUGGAAUGAGUAAUGUUUUGUCUCUUCUCUCAGGUAUCUUACCAGGUACAAAAUGGUGUGGUGCCGGGGACAUAGCCGAGAAUUAUCAUGAUUUGGGUCAAGAAGUUCAAAUUGAUAGAUGUUGUCGCAGUCAUGAUCUUUGUCCUGUAAAAAUUCGAGGUCAACAAACACGAUAUAAUCUUACAAACUAUUCCGUAUAUACCAAGUCACAUUGUGUAUGUGAUGAAGCGCUAUAUCGUUGUUUGAAAGCCACGACACAUCCGACGGCACAUAUUAUGGGUCGUAUAUACUUUAAUAUAAUAAAAAUACCUUGUAUUGAGGAUGUACCAGAGAAAAAUACUUCCAUAGAGUUAGAACGACAAUUUAUUCCUUUAAUCAUUUAACUAAUAGAGUUUGCAUUUAUUGAUAUUGUUGAAUUGUAUGUAAGACUGUUUGCUUCAAAACUGAUUCAGAAAUAACUUCUUGUAUAAUUUUUUUUAUA